AAUCGCACUCCGUCAAGCAAAUGGAUUUUCCUCUUUGGCGCAGUACUCGGAGCUGGAGUCUUACCGGGCCGUGUACAGCCAAAUCAUGCGGACGGGCGGCGAGGUGCGACCGGCGGACGUGUUCCUCGAGAAAAACAUGCACCGAGUGCUGAAGCAGGACGCGGUGAUUCUGCAGGAGAGGUUAUCGCUCGACGACCAAGUGGGGCGGCAGUGCCCGAGUUUCGUCGGUCACGGUUUCUUCUACUUCAGUGAAGAGUCUCUGGCGACGCUUAUGAUUGGCUGGUACGCAAGAGCCGACUUUGACCCUGUGCUCAGGGAUGAGUUUGACACCAGGCUGAAAUGGUUCGUGGAGAGCGGUCUGCUGCAGCGGUUCCGGCAGGAGGUAUCCCCUAUCGGGGAGGAAUGUAUGCUGCGCAUGAGCGACAAGGCGGACAUGCAGAACCGCACCCUGAUGUUCGAAGACCUCAGGCCACUCUUCUUGCUUUCACUGCUGCUGCUGCAGGCAGCCGCCGUGGUCUUCGUCAUCGAGCUGCUUGUCGCGACUGUGAACAGAAGACGAGCAGGACGUAGAGCAAAACACAUCCCUGGAUCCUGCAGCACUGAAUCGCUCGAACAAACUGCCUGAAAUAUAAACGUCAAUCUUUAAGGGGCCCUGCAACACUUUUCCUAGUAAUCGUUGAAUGAGCUCCCUAUCGAAGUUUAUUGCCUCACAAAUCGGUUGUCGCAAAAAUUUUUCAAUUUAUCAAGUACGAGUGGUGUUACAGGGACUCAUUGCGCGUUUUGAGCGCUUUUUCUCUUCCUUAGUUUUGACGAACGUGCUCGGAGCUACACAGGGCAAAAUGUGUUGCACGGUCUCUUUAACGCACCAUUUCGAAAGCAAGUGGUCUGUCUCUUAUCGACAGCGUCCGAAAACAAAGCCGUGCAGAGUA